CCCGUCCUCGCAGCUGUGAGGUAGACCGAGCGUUCCUCAUCUUCUCCCCGGGUUCCACAGCGGAGGAACGCGCCGACGAACAAACGAGCCGGAACCGCAGACGGGACGGAUUCUCACGCUUCAUGACACCCCCCGAGGGCACGUAAGGUCCAUGUCGGGUCGCGGGGUGAAGAGGAAGCGGAGCUGCCCGGAGGAGCCGCAGGCCGAGACCCUCCCCGCCGCGGGGCAGGAGGGGAGGAACGGGGGAGACGGGCCCCAACACGACCUGAGCCGCCUGCAGCAGCGGCAGCGCGUGCUGGGCCUGUGCAUGGAGAAGCUCCAGGGCCAGCAGGCCGGCGCCGAGCCCAGCCUGCGGCGCUGCGUGCUGCUCGCCAACACGCUGCGGCAGAUCCAGGUGGACAUGCAGAGCGACGGGGGGGCGGCUGCGGCGUUGCUCGCCGACGGCCACCACCCCGGGGGUUUCGCGGCGGUGACGUGCUCCGCGUGCUCUGACCCGCCCCCGGAGGGCCCCUCACAGGACGCCAACGGCCCGCCGGAGCAGCAGAGGUCACCGGCCGCCGCCUUCAGCGCUGUCAGCGACGCGGUGAGCGCCAUCGGCUACCUCGGCGACCUCGCCUUGGACAUCGACAUCUUCGAGGACAUCGACACGUCGAUGUUUGAUACCUCCGAGCUGCCCUCCUGCUGGGCGGCGGCAGCGGCGGGCUCGCCGUGGCCCCUCAGCGUGUCGCUGUGGGCGGACGAGGACGCGAAGACGCGCCCGCCCAGGAGCCUCCAGUCGCGUCUGACGGACCUGAACGAGCUGGACCACAUCAUGGAGAUUCUGGUGAAGUCCUGAUCGAAGGACGGUGUGACCUUUGCCCCUAAUUCAUACGAAACUCAAAUUAUGUGGACACAAAGUAUUGAUUGAAGACGGGGAACCUCAUGAGAACACGAGGGAACCUUUUAACUGAUUUUAUACCGUUUCUGGUCACAACUCAGGUGGAGACGCAUACAGAUAUUUUUCUACAAAUUUCAGUGAAUUUAAAUGCUAUCAAAUAUUAUUUUAACAGACCAAUUUGUGCAGCAGCAGUUCGCGCUUUGAGCCCCGAGUCAAUAAUCUGUAGCGGAAAGCAGAUGAGACGCGUCUGGAAUGAGUCUCCCCGGCUCGUGAGGACGGGACCCGAGCAGCAGAUCAUUGAUGGAAAUCCCUCCGAACUACUUAGGAGGCAUCGAGCUCGGGUCAUCCAGGAGGGCAACGGGUCUCCUCGCUUUACUAUCAGCGCUACGAUCUGGCUCAGCCAAAGAGGGACGAAGUCCACGUUUAUGUCUGUUUGUGUCAGAAGAACGUCUAAUGUUAUUUAUGGAAGCAAUGAAGGACUCGUUUAUGUGUUGAGUGUAACUUAUGAUCCAGAUUCUGUUUACAGUCAUCCUUCCACAGAAGUUCAUCCUUCGCGGCAGCUCGAAUCCACGGUUAAAAUGCACAAAACACGUGUUUUAGCCAGCAAUGUAAUCUCAGUCCGGCUCUCCUUCUGCCACCUCUCACAACUCGACUACGUGACAUCGCAGGUGGAUUUUUAUUGAGUUGUUUUCAUGCUACCUGGAGCUCCUCAGCGAGCAGAUGCUCCACCUCCUCUACCUGAGGUUCUACCUCCUUCUCGCCGAUAGAAACCCUCUCUUUACCCCGACGGCCUCGCGUCCUCGGCGUGCCUUACUGCUGGACCCGCUCCCUCGCUACCGAGAGGUCGCACACAGACUGAAGCCUCCAUCCGGGGGUUCUUCCCGCUCUUCUCUCUGAGCUCGGCGAACACCACGAGAGCUUAACGCACCCUGACAGGAUGACCGCCAACUAGCUGAUGGAGGGAAAGAGGAGAGGAUGCAGCUUGCGUCACCUAACCAGUGGGAGGGGCUUACAGCGUGACUCAGACUGCUGGCCAAUCCGGAGAGAGCAGCGAUGAGCUUCUCCGGCAUCUCGAUUUUGUUGGGAGAUAAAAACCACCUCUCUGUUGUUUGUGCAAUCCGUCAGACGGGACUUAUUUAUAACUGAGCGCUCUGUAAAGCAUUAAGCCCUCUGCUGUUAUUAUGAUGCGAGAUGAUAAAUAAUAAUGUAUUGUAUUUUUUGUGGAAGAUUUUAAAAUUUGUAUUUAAUAAUACAGUAAAAGUACCCAAACUGC